AUGCUUCUUUCACAUAACAGUACUGUCACUGCUGCCACUCAUGAAUUCAUUCUUCUGGGUUUCCUGUGUAGCCAAGAAGUAGCAAUUCUUCUUUUUGCUUUGUUUUCCCUCAUUUACAUCUUGACUUUGUUGGGCAAUGGUGCUAUUAUUUGUGCUGUGUGGUGGGACCAGCAACUCCACACCCCCAUGUAUAUCUUAUUGGCCAACUUCUCUUUUCUGGAGAUUUGCUACAUAAAUUCCAAUGUGCCUAAUAUGUUGUUCAACUUCCUCUCCAAAACCAAGACCAUCUCCUAUAAUGGCUGCAUCCUACAGUUCUACAUUUUCCUCUCUCUCUGUGCCACAGAACUUUUCUUCCUGGCUCUCAUGGCAUUUGAUAGGUAUGUUGCCAUCUGCCGUCCAUUACAUUAUCCCACCAUAAUGACCAGGAAAUUCUGUGGAACCCUUGUGUCUGCCUGCUGGGUGGGUGGCUUCCUCUGGUUAGUGACACCUGCCACUCUUGUCUCCCAAGUACCAUUUUGUGGUUCAAAUAUUAUUGAUCACUACCUGUGUGAUCUGGGGGCAAUGUUGGCCAUAUCAUGUGUUCCUGUCCCCAAGACAACUCUGACAUGUAGCACCUUCAGCGCUGUAAUACUGCUCGUCACUUUGGUCUACAUUCUCGUAUCCUACUCUCUGGUCCUUCGAGCUGUGGUUCAAGUUCCCACAGGUUCAGGCAGGAAAAAAGCCUUCUCCACCUGUGCGUCCCAUCUUACAGUGGUGUCCUUAUUUUACGGCUCCAUCAUGGUGAUGUAUGUAAGCCCAGGGGCAGCCAAUCAGCCUGGCAUGCAGAAAUUUGUAACAAUGUUUUACUCAAUUGUGACUCCACUUUUAAAUCCUCUGAUUUAUAGCCUCAGGAAUAAGGAGAUGAAGAUUGCCUUGAGGAAAGUUGUGUGCAAAGUUUAA